AUGCAGAUCUGCAGGUUCAUAGAAAACAGAGAGAAGAUGUUGAGACAUUGUCCAGGUGACAUGCCAGGUGGCAAAGUUACCCAAGAACAUUCUUCUGUUUGCAGGCACUCUCCUUCUCUUUUAACCAUGAAUGAGGGCAAAGACAAGAUGCUGUCCACUGUUAACAUGCACAGAUGUGGAAGACCAAACAGGGACAUGAAAGAAGAGCAGCAGCAGCUGAGGAAGAAGAUAAACAGCAGGGAAAGGAAGAGAAUGCAAGACCUCAACCUUGCCAUGGACGCUUUACGAGAAGUCAUCAUGCCCUACUCUGCAACUCAUUGCCAGAGCUCACCAGGGCGAAAACUGUCUAAGAUUGCCACCCUACUGCUAGCCAGGAACUACAUACUGUUACUGGGGAGUUCUCUACAAGAACUGCGGAGGAUCCUUGGGGACAUAAGUGGCCCUGGACCCAGGCUGCUGCUGGCAGGCUUGCCUUUAUUUGCUGCCCCAGGAUCCGUAUUCUUCUCACCAAGCUCCAGUGGGAACGGUGGAGACCCUCAACGGUCUAGCAAGUUACACUCACUCUCACUGGAGGAACAGCAAUGCUCAGCAUUCAGUGUGCCAGGGGGGAGUAGUCUUUGUACCUGCACCGUCUGCAGAUUUUCUCACUUUAUUCCAACCAGCCUCAACAUAAAAACCAUACAGUUAUCCAAAUGA